GGAUGCAAAAGCUUCUGAGUCCAGAUUACCCAGAAGGCUCAGAGAGUGAGAGGGAGGAUAAGGAGGUGUUGGAUGGUGAGGAUGAAGAGCAGAGGAGGAGCAGCAGAAAGGCAUUUCUUGAGAUCACAGUGAACUUCUUGAGGAGGAUUAAGGAGGAGGAGCUGGCUGACUGUCUGCAGAGCAAACUUGAUCUUGCAGUUAGUCGACGAAAACUGAAGUCUAAGCUACAGGAGAAGUUCCAGUGUGUGUUUGAGGGGAUUGCUAAAGCAGGAAGCCCAACCCUUCUGAAUCAGAUUUACACAGAGCUCUACAUCACAGAGGGAGAGCCUGGAGAGGUCAAUGAUCAACACGAGGUCAGACAGAUGGAAACAGCAUCCAGGAAACCAGUCAGACCAGAAACAACCAUCAGACAUGAAGACAUCUUUAAAGCCCCACCUGGAAGAGAUGAACCAAUCAGAACAGUGAUGACAAAGGGAGUGGCUGGCAUUGGGAAAACAGUGUUAACACAGAAGUUCACUCUAGACUGGGCUGAAGGCAAAGCCAACCAGGAUAUCCAGUUCAUAUUUCCAUUCACUUUCAGAGAGCUGAAUUUGCUGAGAGAGAAAAAGUUCAGCUUGGUGGAACUUGUUCAGCACUUCUUUACUGAAACCAAAGGAAUCUGCAGGUUUGAGGAGUUCCAGGUCGUCUUCAUCUUUGACGGUCUGGAUGAGUGUCGGCUUCCUCUGGAUUUCCACAGCACUGAGAUCUUGACUGAUGUCACAGUGUCCACCUCAGUGGAUGUGCUGCUGACAAACCUCAUCAGGGGGAAGCUGCUUCCCUCUGCUCGCCUCUGGAUAACCACAAGACCUGCAGCAGCCAAUCAGAUCCUUCCUGAGUGUGUGGAUAUGGUGACAGAGGUCAGAGGGUUCACUGAUCCACAGAAGGAAGAAUACUUCAGGAAGAGGUUAAAAAAUGAGGAGCAGGCCAGCAGGAUUAUCUCCCACAUCAAGAGCUCACGAACCAUCCACAUCAUGUGCCACAUCCCAGUCUUCUGUUGGAUCACUGCCGGGGUUCUAGAGGAUGUGUUGGAAACCAGAGAGGGAGGAGAGCUGCCCAAGACCCUGACUGAGUUGUACAUCCACUUCCUGGUGGUUCAGGCCAAACUGAAGAAGGUCAAGUACAAUGCAGGAGUGGAGACAGAUCCACACUGGAGUCCAGAAAACAGGAACACGAUUGAGUCUCUGGGAAAACUGGCUUUUGAGCAGCUGCAGAAAGGCAACCUGAUCUUCUAUGAGUCAGACCUGACAGAGUAUGGCAUCAAUAUCAGAGCAGCCUCAGUGUAUUCAGGAGUGUUCACACAGAUCUUUAAAGAGGAGAGAGGUCUUUACCAGAACCGGGUGUUCUGCUUUAUCCAUCUGAGUGUUCAGGAGUUUCUGGCUGCUCUUCAUGUCCAUCUGACCUUCAUCACAUCUGGAAUCAACCUGCUGGCAGGACAACAAGAGACCUCCCAGAAAGCUGUGGACAAGGCCUUACAGAAUCCAAAUGGCCACCUGGACUUGUUCCUUCGCUUUCUUCUGGGUCUUUCACUGCAGACCAAUCAGACUCUCCUACGAGGCUUGCUGACACAGACAGAAAGUGGCUCAAAGACCAAUCAGAAAACGAUCCAGUACAUCAAGAAAAACAUUGGAGAGACUCCCUCUGCAGAGAAAUCCAUCAACCUGUUCCACUGUCUGAAUGAACUGAAUGACCGUUAUUUAGUGGAGGAAAUCCAGUGGUACCUGAAAUCAGGAAGUCUCCACAAACGUCAUCUCUCUCCUGCUCAGUUGUCAGCUCUGGUCUUCAUCUUACUGUCAUCAGAAAGAGAGCUGGAUGUGUUUGACCUGAAACAGUAUUCUGCUUCAGAGGAGGCUCUUCUGAGGCUGCUGCCUGUGGUCAAAGUCUCCAAGAGAGCUCUCCUGAGUGAUUGUAACCUGUCAAAGAGAAGCUGUGAAGCUCUGUCCUCAGUUUUCAGCUCCCAGUCCUCUAGUCUGACAGAGCUGGACCUGAGUAACAACAACCUGCAGGACUCAGGAAUGACACUGAUCUCUGCUGGACUUGGGAGUCCACACUGUAGACUGGAGACUCUCAGGCUGUCAGGCUGUCUGAUCACAGAUGAAGGCUGUGCAUCUCUGGCCUCAGCUCUGAGCUCCAACCCCUCCUAUCUGAGAGAGUUGGACUUGAGCUACAAUCAUCCAGGAGCCUCAGGAGUGAAGCGUCUGUCUGAUGCACUGGAGGAUCCACACUGGAGACUGGACACUCUCAGGAUAGAGCCCGCUGGAGUCCAGUGGUUAACACCAGGUCUGAGGAAGUACUCCUGUCAACUCACAGUCGACAAUAACACAGUGAACAGAGCAAUCCAACUGUUUGACAACAACAGGAAAGUGAAAUGGUUGAAGGUUCAGCCAUAUCCUGAUCAUCCAGACAGGUUUGACCACUGGAAACAGCUGUUGUGUACAACUGGUCUGACUGGUCGCUGUUACUGGGAGGUGGAAUGGAGAGGAGUAGUGAGUUACAGAGGAAUCAGGAGGAAAGGAGACAGUGAUGACUGUGUGUUUGGAAGGAAUGAUCAGUCUUGGUGUUUGAGCUGCUUUGAGUAUGGUGGUUACUCUGUCUGGCACAAGGGCACAUUCCCCUUCUCCUCCUCUUCCUCAGUCUCCCACAAAGUUGCAGUGUAUGUGGACUGUCUUGCUGGCACUUUGUCCUUCUACACAGUGUCCUCUGACACUCUGAUCCACCUCCACACCUUCAACACCACAUUCACUGAACCCAUUUAUCCUGGUUUUGGGUUCUGGCUACCUGGUUCCUCAGUGUCUCUGUGUUGAGGGUAGUCUCCUUCAAAGGUGGAAGCUUACUUUUGCUAGAAACUGAAGUGUUACCAUUACAUCAAAGAGGAAGU